GCCGUCCCGUGUUGAAGACCGCCCUAUAACAAAACCAAACCAGCCAUCUUCAUGUUUAGACGCCGCCUUGGCUCGUAAUAACAAAAACUCUAUGUUGUAGUAUAUACUAAUGUGUGUUUAACGUAGUGCAUUCCUGACACCGGGCAGCACACCUGACAGCACCUGUGUGACCGGCAACCACUGCCUGGCACCCCUUCCCCACGAUAGCCUUGAUGCGCUGCCCGCCUUACCACUAGCACCAGCCAGCAUCCUGGAGCAGCUCGCCGCCCGCCAGCAGGAUGGAUUAUGAUUCAGAUGAGAAUGAGAUGCUGGAGUCCGGCGUGGUGGACGUCGGGGAGAAGGGCGGCCUGUCGUCCUGUGGAUACUGUGGAAAGCUGCGGAACCUAAAUUCAGUGGAGCUGAUGUGCUGGCAGUGUGGCUCCUGGUUCCACGAGUCUUGCAUCAGCUACCAGCUCGGCAAGUUAGUCCCCUUCAUGCUCAAUUAUUCCUUCACCUGCAAGAACUGUUCCCCAACCAGCAUUGAAAUCUUCCGCAAGACCCAGGCCCAGCUGCGAGACAUGUGCAUCACCGCGCUGGCCAACCUGCAACACUCAUGCCAGAAGGACAGCAGAGGAGGGGCUGGCACCAUGUUUAGUCUGCAGCGUGAUGUCAUACCCUUCCUGGAGCAGAACUGGGAGGCCCUUACCACUGCUGCCCGUCGCUCCACACAGUCCUGGCACACCACUCUUCAGAGAAUACUGAUGAAAGAAGUUGAUGCUUACUUCAAUGUGGAGGAGACAGGUGAAAGUGGAGAACCCACACAGUACCAUCCUUACUUCGGACUCAUCACAUCCGACCUGACCCUCAUCCGGCCCCUCGUGGACGCCCCUGGUGGGUGGCGGUCGCCCCUCGCCGGCUCCUCCCAGCACCAGCAGUCAGGGAAGGGCCGAGGAGCCAAGCGAAAGGUUCCAGAAACAACCACUGGCAACAAGAAGGCCCGAGGGGAUAUGCCGGCCCCUAAGCUGCAUGGUUAUCCAGUCGACCAUCCAUUCAACAAAGACGGCUACAGAUACAUCCUAGCUGAGCCUGACCCACAUGCCCCAUUCAGGCAAGAGUUUGAUGACAGUAAUGACUGGGCUGGCAAACCCAUCCCCGGCUGGCUGUACCGUGCACUGAGCCCUGGUGCUGUGCUGCUUGCCCUCCAUGACAGAGCACCACAGCUGCGGACAGCUGAUGACCGCCUGGCUGUCACGGGAGACAAGGGCUAUUGCCUCAUACGGGCCACUCACAGUGUGAGUCGUGGUGUGUGGUACUGGGAGUGUACCAUUGAUGAGCAGCCUGAAGGGUCACACACACGCAUCGGUUGGUGUCAGCAGCUUGCCAACCUGCAGGCGCCUCUUGGAUAUGACAAGUUUGGCUACUCCUGGAGGUCAAGGAAGGGAACAGUGUUCCACGAGUCACGAGGAAAACAUUUUUCUGAUAGUGGAUUCAGUGAGGGAGACACACUUGGCAUCAUGAUAGACCUGCCUGAGAAGAAUCCAGUGUCUCAGUUUCCACCCACCUAUAAGGACAAGCCUCUUGUCAAGUUCCGGUCUCAUUUGUACUAUGAAGAUAAAGAUGAUGUUCCUGAAUCUUUGAAGAAUCUCAAGCCUCUUUCAGGGAGCAAAAUAACCUUUUUUAGAAAUGGCAAGUGUUGUGGAGUGGGCUUCCAGGACAUCUACGGUGGCAGCUACUACCCAGCAGUGUCGCUGUACCGAAAUAUUACUGUCUCCGUGAACUUUGGGCCAGACUUCAAAUACCCACCCACCACACAUGAAUACAAAGGGAUGCAUGAGCGGUGUGAGGAGUCCAUGGUGGAGAGAACCUUGGCUGACAUGACAUACUUGGUGGAAAAUGAAGGCAAGCUGAGGUUAGAUGUCUUCACUUGAACUUGCUAAGAAUCACAAGCUCUCCUCAGAUGACUAAUUCAUUGAAAACAAUAUAUAUAUAGUAAGUAUUUUCAGUGAUAAUUCAAGCAGUUAUAUGUCCAACUUUCAUUCCAUUUCAUUAUUAAAGGGAGAGAUAGAUUUUUA